AUAACUAUGAGAACGUUUAAAUAAACAAUAUUGAAUAAAACGCACAAUUAUAAGAUGUGGAACACGUGGAGAUGCCUGCGGCACGGUCUGGCCAGUCGUUGCACGCUGUUAAAGCGUGAGCUAAGCAGUACUGCCCCAAUGCCGGCAAAGGCAUUUGUGGAUGCAGAGAAUCAGUUUGCGCACAAAGUAUUGGCAACCUCAGUGAAACCAUAUCAGAUACUACGCACAGAGGAGUAUCUCAAAACAGACUUGACAGCACCCCUGCUGCUGCCACAAGACGUGCUGCAGCCGCCGCCGUCGAAAGUAGAGCCGGCAGAAUUGCAGCGUGCCCUCAAGCAGUUGACCCAGUACUGCGCACAGACCAACACACAGCUUAGCGAUGAACGCUUCACAAACUUUAUACGCGUAUACUGCGAGCAGUUGCAUCGCUUUAGCGAUGAGCAGCUGCUGGACGCAUUGCGCUGCUUGCAGGAGCUGCCCACGCCCGAGUCCACCAAGACGCCUAACUAUAUGGAGCUAUGGAAUACGCUGGACAUUGAAUGCUGUCGUCGCGUCGAACAAUGGAAACAGACGCAGCUGCUGCUAGUAUGCGAUGCCUGGUAUCAGCUGGGACUAGCGCGCAUAGGCGAAUAUGUUUGGCUGGCGUUGCGCAAACUGGGACGCAAACUGCGCAAGUUGCCACCAGAGCAGCUGGUGCAGUGCAUGUUUCUGUGCAACCUGCUGCGACGUCAAGUGUUUGAGAUGUUUGACUUUGAGCUGAACCUACAGAAAUGCUCGCAGCAACUGACGCUGCAGGAGCUGGGCGUCAUGGCCAUGGGUUUCUUCAAAACACAAACACCCAUACGCAAUCCGGAGCUAGUAGAGCAGCUCUAUCAGCGACUAGGAGCGCAGCUCGAUAGCGUGGAGGACAUAACAUUGGUGGCGCUGCUCAAAGUGCUGCGCUACAGCAGCAAGCUGCCGCAAGUGGCGGCGUUGCAGCAACUAUUGGAGGCACUGCUGCCGCAGGUGGAGCGUGUGUCGCUGCUAACGUGUUUGCAUAUGGCACUGCUGGGCUGUGAGCUACAGACAUGCAAUGAUGCACUUAUCGAACAGGUGCUGCUGCGCUUCGAGCGUGAGUUGCCACAAGCGCGCCUAAAGGACUUGGAACGCAUUUGCCUGGUCAUCGCGUUGUUUAAUCUGCGCACGGCCAACGGUGUGGAGCAGCGUUUGCUGGAGCUUAUGCCGCAAGCGCUGCGUGAGCGCAUGGAUGAAAUUCUGCGCUAUCCACGCUGCUACACCACCUGCCUGCAGUUUCUCUCCAUGCGCGAUAUAUACGAUACGGAGCUGCUGUCUGUGGCGCUGGAGCCGCGCUUUCUCCGCCAUACUUAUCGCUCUGGCAUGCCGGGUCGCGAGUACUUUCACUUGGAUAGCCUGGCACAGCUGCUGGGCGAGAGCUACACUGGCCCACGACUGACUGAGCGCCAGCGCCAGCAAAUGGGCAAACUCUAUACGCAAUAUUUACCCGAAAGCGAUGGACGCUACAAGCUGAACAAUACGGAUCGCAUACUAGUCGAGCUACGCGACUCUGUGUCCAGUCUGCUGCGCUUUCCCGUUCAUUUCAAGCACAUCCUGCCGCAGUAUGAACGCUGCGAUCUGGUUGUGUGCUAUGAUCGGCAAAAGAAAUGUGUACUGCCCAUUGCCGAGGACUGUCCGGCGGAUUAUAGUGGUGUGCUGCUUACGCGGCAGCAUCUGCUGGAUGAGCAGGAUGCGGAGCAUGUGGAUACGCUGGUUUUUGUAGUUGCUGGCUGGAAUAAUGUUAUACGCGACAAAGAUCGCUGCACGGGACUGUUUGACAUGAAGCUGCGACAAUUGCGGCAGCUGGGACACAAACCCAUUGUGAUCUAUUGGCAUGAGUGGCGCGCCUUGGCAACGAUGGAUCGUCAGGACUUUCUCAAGCGGCGCCUACGUCAGGCGGUCAACAUUUAAAUAGCAAUCAGUCGCAUUA